GGGCCGCGCCAGUCUCCGAGCCGCGCGGAGCCGACCUGAGCCACGCCGAGGGCGCCCAGCGAGGCGCCGAGCCCUGAGCACCCAUGCUGCUGACGCUGGCCUGGGGCUCACUCUUCUUCCCGGGGCUCUACGUGCUCUCCACCUGGUGGCUGCGCCGCGCGCGGCCCGAAUGGACCUACCAUGACUGCGUGAUGAUCAGCACCAGGGUGGUUUCUUCAGCGCAGGCUGUGUUGGCCACCGGGUCAGGGAUCGUCAUCAUCUGCGCCUGUAGAAACGUGGUCUCCGACAGGUAACAUCCAAUGCCAGCAUGGCCACCUUAGGACAAAAUAAACUGAAGAGAUGCUAGAGAGUGACAGAGCCUAAGCCUGAUUGAAGGUGACACGUGAGAGGACAGUGUGGUCCAUGGAUCCAAGUUCUUUGUGAGAGAUACAUUUGAAAACUAUUCAGAAGUGAGAUGUGGCUUUUGGUUCUUUUAAGUGAUCUCAUUGGGGUCCCGCUUUGGAGCAUUUAAUGGCCAAUACAUGUGCAGUGUGGUUAGCGGAGCCCUUCUGUGGAAAGCAGUGAAUCCGCCACCCCCGGCCUAACAAAUGCUGCUCUUGUCUUUCCUCUGGAUUUGCUAAAGGCGGCGAAGAGCUUUCUGGUACUUUCAGAACACUGACUUGUAUGUGUGUUAGAGCUCAGUCCAAAGGUGGCAGGUCAGAAAAUCUGCAUCUAGUGAAACAAAUCAAGAUCAGAGUGGUCCGCUUUGGGUAGUAUUUAGACCUGGGCAGUGGCGGUGUUUUGUUUUUGAAGCCAUUUCUUUUCCCCCACCUGUCUUCUAAGAGCCACUCUCACUGUCUCCCAGUUAAGUUCAAGAGCGGUAGUCAAACGUACAGGGAAAGCCUGAUCCUGAUCCUUUUGUCAUGUUGACUCUGCAAAGUGUCUGACUUUCCACCUGUUGAGCCUGGAAUGGGAGGGGAGCCUGAGUGGGGCAUCUGUCUCACUGAGGCCUCCAUGCUUAGUGCCUGGAUCUUACUUGGGAUUAAUCCUGCUGUCAUGAUUUUCGUGCUUUUCUUCUUAACGCCUCUUUUUAGACAGAACCAGUUCUUGGUGAUGAAUUGUAGAUGCUGAGAGAAGACAGGUCAAGGGACUUUGGUUGCAUAUGCCAAAGGCUAACAGCAUUUGCUUGGUCGGGUUCAGAGUUUAUUUUAAUCAAGCAUUGUGUGAUCAUGAGGCAAGCUCCCUCACUGCUCCCAUCCAGCUUGUCAGAUCAAACUUGAAACCAGCCUCUUUUGCGAAGAUUAAGAUAAAUGGCAUCUCCUCAGCUGUAUCUUGAGCUGACAGGAGAGCACACAGCAAGGCAACCACUGCACAUUUCAGGAAAAGACAUUUACACACUAUUAGUUUUCAGUUCUGUAGCACCACUGCUGUGUUUUCUCCUCAGAAGCGGUGUGUUUUAGUCGCUUGAGCACGGUAGCAGACCUGCGUUUGGUUGUCAGGUCCUUCCUUUGUGUAUCUUUAAGCCUUAGAUUCUCUGCUUGCAAAAUGGAGACAGACACAUUUCUGUGCCCUCCACCUAUACGUGAAUGCACAAGGAUGCUCUAAUGGCACCUUGACCAUCUUAAAAAAAAAAAAAGGCCUUUUAGGACUCAUAUACUAUACAUCUAAAUAUUGGUCUACUAUAUGCCUUUUCAUUUUAUGCCUUUGUAUAGACUGUCUAUAGCUAGGAGGGGGUAGCUAUACAUCCCCCCCAAUUAUAUGCAGAAUUUUGGUGUAGGGCCAAGGAUAUCAUCAAAUUCUUAAAGAGGUCCACAUCCCUAAAAGGGCUCAGUAAGAGUCACAGCUCUAGGCAAUUUUCUCAGUUUAAGCACUUAUAUUUGGAUAGUACUUUUUACAUUUAAAAGGGCUUUUACACUUUCAGUUUUUUAAUCUUCAUAGUAACUGUCAAGGAAGUAAGACAAGGAUUAUUAUCUUCAUUUUAUAUAUUAAAAAAAGCUGUCUGAGGCUAGUGGUAGUUAAGAUUAUAAUCCAAACCUUUUGCUAUAAAUCUUCAGAGAAUCCAACCAAACAGCCACAAUUUCAGAUUUUACUGGAUUGGUACUGUGUGCAAAAUAUUAAAACCUUAGGCUCCACUCAAGGGAUGAGGCCAGUUAUAUUCAAGCGCAGCUUUUAGUAGCUCUUCAUAGUUAUUUGACUUGGAAUUGCUUCAAGAAAGCAAUGGAGACCAUAGAUGGGCAGUAAAAUAAAUAUUGUAUCUUUUUGCCUAAAUGGAACUUGGCUAAUUAAUUCACUGGCAUGUAUAUUCUACUUGCCAUUCCUUACUUGUUUGCCUAUUUCAUUGUUUAUUCAUUCUUGAGUUAUGCUGUGGUAAGUGUGGAAUCACUCAGGAACAGAAACUUGAAUGGCACCCUCUGUGGAGUCUAUUCCCAGUGUUGCAGUUCACAGGCUGGCUUCUUAGGAAAUCACCUGAGACAAGGUAACACAUACAGAUUUGAGGGCUGUAGGCAUACCAUUUAGAGCCUUGGCAGGGGUAGGGGUGGGGGGUGGAGCCCUUAACAAGCACUGCAGGUGAUUAAUGUUAGGGUGGUUUGAGGACCUUAAAACUAAAUUGUUUCUUCUCCUAACCGCAUGGGUGCUCAAUAAAACUUUGCUGACUUAGCAAAUCUAAUCCGCCCCAGCAUAGCACAUGAUUUCAAUUUAGGUGUUUGUUUUUUCCCACAGCAAUUUUCUGUAGAAUUAUCAUUUAUCAUUUGGGAACAAAAUUGUAGGAAUUAUAGAGACUUUCCUUCUAAUCUGCUCUAGGACAGUAAUAAACUAUCAUUUCGAUUCAGCAAAUAUUGAUUCAACCCCUUUGGACAAGCAAAUGAGAAUACUGUCUUUUGUCUCAGCUCCUCUGCUGGUAUCUGCCUGCUGUAAGGUAGCCCUUGAGCUCUGGGCUCUUUUCCAGACAUAUUUUUCUUAAUGAGUAGAAUUGGGAUUAGCCAUAGAACUGAAGAAAAUGGCCAGGGUUGCUUGCCAGAAACUCCCCGGAGUGGGGUUACAAGCAGAUGCAAGAGGAAACUCCCAACUCUUGAGCAACGAGUAGAGUUAAACUGGAAAUAUUGGAUUGGGAUUCGGGACACCUUCCAAACCAGUUUCUUGGUGGGGCUGUUGAAUCAUUGGUAGAGAUAUCUAUAUCAAAGUCAGCUUAUGUCACAAAAUGCCAGAAAAUCCAUUAUAAGUGAGUGGCUAAAUCAGUCAGAUAGGGACAGCCAAUUGCUUAAAACAUGUGGUGCUGAGUGCAUUCCUGCUUUCUGCCUUUGACACUUGUGAAUUUGCUCUGUGAUUUAGAAAGCUGUUCACUCUCCUUGUUCAUCAAUUUCAGCAUCUUCAUUGUAAAGUAUCUGGAGUAAAAACAGCUGAUUAGUUAAAAGCUGAAGGGAAUGUGUUUAAGAAGCUGGCUUUGAGCCUUUGUCAUCGAUACCCAUAAUUAUUUCAUGGACCACUCAUAUGCU